CCGGAGGGGUGGCCGCCGGCGCGGAGCUGCAGCCCGAGGCGGGGGGGCCGCGCCGGGCCGCCCUGGGCAGCCCCAGCAGCGAGAAGCAUCCAUUCAGAGCUGAAGUUACAGUAAAGGCAGAAGGCCAGGAGCUCAUCUUGGAAUUGGAGAAAAAUGGAAACCUCUUUGCACCAGGCUACACUGAGACUCAUUACAGCCAGACUGGACAAACCCAGACUGUCUCUCUGACCCACACGGACCACUGCUUUUACCACGGGGUCGUGCGGGGCUGGGAGCACUCCAGCGUCACGCUCAGCACGUGCCAAGGGCUGCGAGGACUUAUCGUAUUGAGCAGCAAUUCCAGCUAUAUCUUAGAGCCGGUUCCCGACAGCCCAAACCAACACUUGAUCUACAGGUUGGAUGACCUGAAGUUGCAGAAAGGAGCCUGUGGCUACCAGGGCAAUGGGGGCGCAGCUGAAGACUGGCUCAGGGACUUCACAACUGGGAUGAAACCACUCCACCAGAGGGUGAAACGAGAGACUCUGCAGGCUACAAAGUAUGUGGAGCUUCUGCUUGUGGCUGAUUAUGCAGAGUUUCAGAAGCAUCACUUCAGCAUUGAAGCAACAAGGCUUAAAUUAGUGGAGGCUGCUAAUUACGUAGAUAAGUUUUACAGAUCCCUGAAUAUCCGGAUUGCCUUGGUGGGGCUGGAGAUAUGGAGUAAUUGGAAUAAAUGUGAUGUAACUGAGAAUCCCUACUCCACCCUGAAGUCCUUUCUGGCCUGGAGUAGCAAGGAGCGUUUGCACAGAAAACACGAUAACGCCCAACUAAUCACGGGUGUGCCUUUCCAAGGUACCACAGUAGGCUUGGCUCCCGUGAUGUCCAUGUGUUCUGAUUUCCAGUCAGGAGGAGUAAACAUGGAUCACUCUGAUAAUGCCCUUGGUGUUGCUGCUACCAUUGCCCAUGAGAUGGGACACAAUUUUGGCAUGAAUCAUGAUUCAGCUGGCUGCUGUACUACCCCUGCAGAAGAUGGAGGCUGCAUCAUGGCUUCUGCAACUGGGCACCCAUUCCCCAAGGUGUUCAACCAGUGCAAUAGGAAAGAGCUGGAGAAGUAUCUGCAGUCUGGUGGAGGGAUGUGUCUGUCCAAUAUGCCGGAUACCAAAAAAAUGUAUGGUGGAAAGAAAUGUGGGAAUGGCUACUUGGAAGAGGGGGAGGAGUGUGACUGUGGAGAGGUGGAGGAGAUAUGCAUACCUUCCCUGCAUGUAAAUGUAUACACAAACACUUGCUCCCUGAAGCUGGGUGCCGAAUGUGCCCAUGGCAGCUGCUGUCACCAGUGCAAGCUGAUGUCUCCAGGAACUCUCUGCAGGGAAAGAUCAGGACUCUGUGACCUCCCAGAAUACUGCACUGGCGAGUCACCGUUUUGCCCCCCCAACUCUUACCAAAUCGAUGGGUCUUCCUGUGACGGAGGAGAGGCGUAUUGCUACAGUGGCAUGUGUCUCACAUAUAAAGACCAGUGCUUGCAGCUGUGGGGGCCUGGAGCAAGGCCGGCACCAGACGCCUGCUUUGAGAAGGUUAAUGCUGCUGGAGACAUUUACGGGAACUGUGGGAAGGACAUCUACGGCAACUACAGGAAGUGUGAGAUGAGAGAUGCUAAAUGUGGGAAGAUCCAGUGCCAGAGCUCUGCUUCCAAACCCCUGCAGUCCAAUGCAGUGGCCAUAGACACAACUAUCCGCAUGCAGAGGACAGAGCUGAGGUGCCGAGGGACCCACGUGUACAGAUCUGAAAGUGAAGAAAAGGAGAUGCUGGAUCCUGGCUUGGUGCUGACGGGAACAAAAUGUGGGAGCCAUCAUGUUUGCUUUGAGGGACGCUGCCAGAACACAUCCAUCAUCUUUGACUCUGAAAGCUGUAGCAAGAAGUGCCACGGGCAUGGAGUCUGCAAUAACAACAAGAACUGCCACUGCAAUCAGGGGUGGGCCCCCCCAUUUUGUAACAAGCAGGGUAGGGGAGGAAGCUUGGACAGUGGUCCCCCCGUGCCCAAAGGCCCUUCAGCAGUCGUGAUAACUCUCGCAAUCCUGGCUCCCAUUCUUGUUCUCAUUGGAAUCAUGUUUUUAUUCUAUUAUCUGAAAUGCUGGAAUAAAUUUGCCAUCUGUUCUCUAGAGAAGACCCUGCAGUUCAGUGACACCCCUGGAAAUGGGCAUGCAAACCCUGCCUUCAAGUUGAAAACCCCCCAGGAGCAGAGGAAGGUGAUCGUCUUCCCUGAAAUCCCAUCAAAACCUCCUCCCCAGCAAGCUCCAGGGCUCCGAGUAAACACGCAGCAGCCGCCCGCCAUCUCCCCUGGCUGCGGCGUGGGGCAGCCUGCUGGGCCAGCACAGCCAGCACCUGCGAAGAACAUUGCCCAGCGGACACCCCCAAGCAGGCCAGCACCUCCUGCUCCCAAACCCCCUGUCUCUCAGGAUAUCUCUAGGCCCCGGCCACCCCAAAGAGCUUUGCCAGCUAAUCCCGUCCCAACCAGACCCAGAGCCUGCCUGGGGAACAGCCCUGCCAUCUCACUGCCUCCCGCGCACCCCAGAACCCCAGGACAGCUCCAGCCUGCAGGAGAGAAUACUGGUGUCAGGACGGCUGGAGCAGGGAAUGUCUUGAAAGUGGGACAGCCAGGCUCCUGUGGGCACUCAUGA